AUGCCGCCGGUCCACUCCAGCCCUCACCUCCGCCACACCGAAACCUCCGCUCUCCUCUCCAUCCUCCAACAAACCGCCUCCGCCACCACCGCCGAAAAACGCCCCAAAAAAUCCCCUUCUUCCUCCGGCGGCGGACUCCUCAAAAUAUUCAAACUCUUCCCAAUGCUCACAUCGGGAUGCAAGAUGGUCGCUUUACUCGGCCGCCCGAGAAAAUCCCACCUGCUCAAAGACAGAGCAACCACGGGGACGAUCUUCGGCCACCGAUCGGGCCGGGUCAGCCUGGCGAUCCAGGAGGACCCGCACUCGCCGCCGUUGUUCGUGAUCGAGCUCCCGAUGCACACCGCCGUGUUCCACAAGGAGAUGGCCUCCGACAUCGUGCGGAUCGCGCUGGAGAGCGAGACCUUGAGCUACAAGAAGAAAUUGAUGGAGGAAUUCGUGUGGGCGGUGUACUGCAACGGCCGGAAGAUGGGUUACUCGAUUCGCCGGAAGAGCCUGUCGGAGGAUGAAAUUCACGUGAUGCAGCUGCUGCGAGGGGUGUCGAUGGGCGCCGGGGUGUUGCCGCCGGCGGGUAAGGAGGCGGCGGCGGCGGUGGAUGGUGGUGGGGAGGUGACGUAUAUAAGGGCGAGGUUUGAGAGGGUGGUGGGGAGUAAGGAUUCGGAGGCUCUGUAUAUGAUUAAUCCCGACGGCGCCGCCGGCGCGGAAUUGAGUCUUUUCUUUGUGAGGGCUCAUUAG